CGCGUAUUUCGAGAUGAAUCCGUGUGUUCGACGUCGCGAUCUGUAGUUUCGCUUCGCCAUUUCAAAAACCGACUUAAGUGCGGAUGUUCAGCCCGAGCGUCGCUGCCUGCUGCUGCUACGGCUCCUGCUACUGCUUCACUUGGCCCUGACAUUGCGCUGCCGUCUGAACAUAAAAAAAACAAACAAAAAAAAAUCAGUUACAUUGUGCGUAGCGCCGGCACGAUGAGGCGUCAAAAGCUUUUUCGAAAAUUUAAUGAGCUGUGACAAAACUGUGUUAAAAAACAUGGCCGAAUCUGGAAUCGACAUAGGAUAUGAUCUUUCUGCGCUUCUUUCUGAGGAUUUUGAUAUAGAAAGUGCUAUAGAUUUUGACGAUUUGUUAGGAACACCGAAAAAUAAGGAGUUUUAUGAACUGACGUCUAAAACUAUGCCUGUUUUAGAAAGUACACCAAACCUGAAGACCAUCAACCCGGUGUCCAGGACACAAUUGAAGCUCCAGUUGAUGAGAGAUCAAGCCCUUUACGAGCAACAGAAGCAAAACCAAGAAAAAACCCAACGACCACCACCUCACCCCCAACAUCCACCGAUAGCAACAAACAACUUAAUUCAAAGUCCUGUUAAAGUACCAUUAAAUAGUAUAGCAGAAGUUCCUCCGCAAGUCCUUCAAGUACAAACAAAGUUAGCGAAUCCAACGAAGUACCAUGUGAUGCAAAAGCAAAAAAACCAAGUGAAGCAGUACCUCAGUGAAUCGUUUCAAGUUUCUAGUGAUGUGCCGCCUAAUGAUAGGCUGAAUCAGACUCAUAGUGCUCCAACUUGUGGUACCGCGACCACUCAAUACAACGGUGCUACGAAUAUUUCUAGUUCGCAGGGAUACUAUCCACAUGGAAAAGUGUUGCCCAACUAUGAUAUACCCGUUUUAUCGCCAGCGCUUAGUUCGGGAGCUACCAGUUGCACAUCUGAGGCUGAAGAGCUUAUAGACGAUCUAUUAUCUCUAGAAUCCAGUUCUCUAGCUUCUGAUGGCUUUAAAACGGAUAAUUCCCUUACCGGAAGUGAUCUCAAUAUCAAAAAUGAGCCCUAUCUACUUAGUGAUGCUGAAUUACACGCUCUCGCCAAAGACCGUCAAAAGAAAGACAAUCAUAAUAUGAUUGAACGAAGGAGAAGAUUUAACAUAAAUGAUCGAAUCAAAGAAUUGGGAACGUUACUGCCGAAAAAUAACGAUCCUUACUACGAAAUCGUCAGGGACGUCCGUCCCAACAAAGGAACAAUCUUGAAAUCAUCGGUCGAAUAUAUAAAAUGUCUGAAAAACGAAGUGCACAGGCUAAAACAACAAGAGGCUAGACAGAAGCAAAUGGAAAGCAUAAAUAGAAGACUACAAUUACGAGUACAGGAGCUUGAAAGACAGGCGAAAUCUCACGGUCUUCCGGUUUCCGACUUCAACUGGCAAAAUAUUUCAGUCACCUCACCUCCUCCGUACAAUUCGUACAGCAAUCAGCAGAACUCACAUUCUGUAACAACUUUAUUACCUCCAAUCGUCUUACAGGAUCCUUGUCGAAAAAUGCCGGAUGUGAUAUCUGACGCGUUAUCAGAGGCUUCCUUAAACCUUUCAGCUAUGGAAGAGGGUAUGGACGAUGAUGACCUUGUAUACGGAGUGAAUGGCGAUCCUAUGUUGUCUUCGCCGAACGCUCUGCAUACGGACGCCCUAUUGGCGUCUCCAGCGCAUCCAGGUUCCGGAGAUCCUCUUCUUUGCGAACAACGUCUUCCCACACCAACUCCUACCAGUCAUAUUGACCAAGACGUGGACACGCUUGAUAUGGAUAUGAUAGCAUAGUGAAUAGUGAUACAUUUGUAGAUUUAUAGACUAUGGCAGGUGAAAACGUUUAUAUUGGUCUCUGGAGCUUGAAACAUCCCUGUUAAAUUUUAUUUAGGUUUAUAAAAAUGGGAGCAAAUAAUCAAGGACUUAAAUUAUUUUGUUUGCUGCUUAAAAUUGUUAUAUUCUCCCACAACUUCCAGUUGGUUAAAUAUAGAUAUUUUUUAUGAAAUGUUGUUUCCUAAGUAGCUAAUGCCUUUAAAGGCGAUAGGUAUGUAAAAUAUUCCAUUUAAUAAUUAAUAGUACAAAUAAAGACAGGGAUAUAGGUGCAAGGUGGCUAUUUCAUUUGCAACAAAAUGAACUAGCUCUAAUUCACAUCUGUCGUAAGGAGCGAUGUAACUUGUUCUGGAGGCUAAUAUAGAAGAAUGUGGAUUGCGAAGUAUCCCCUAUGGUGUUCUGUUUUUCAUUUGUCCAAGAAUUUUAAUUCUUACCUACAUGUUUAGUAGUAGGUGUUUUUUUAGUUUAUCUGUUUAGAUAUCUAGGUAUUAUGUCUAUCGACUAUGAAUCAGGAAUUAUUUUUGAUUCUCAAUUUUGUUUUUGGAUCCAAAUACUUAUUAAUUAAUUAAUUAGUUAAAAAGCGCUAUUUGCAUCACGUAAUUUUCCAUUAUUUAUAUAACCGAUAAUAGCGAAACUCUGAAUUCAUCAUAAAUUUGUUAAUUAUAAAUACAGAGUGUCUCAUUAGUGCGUAAUUGUUCGAUAUUUAAAUCAAAGUUUUAUGGAUUUAAAAAAAUAUUUUUGGAUGUAAAGUGAGUGUUACUUUUUUACCUUACAAAUAAAAAAAUAUUUUAUUUCAAAAUUUCGAAUAGCCUGGUAAUGCUGUAUUCAAGCCUAGAAUAUUUUUGAAAAAUACUGCCAAGCAAUUAAUUUGGUUUUUAUACCGAGUUUAUACUCAUUUUUUUUUUAAAUGUAACGUGCUGUAUAUUAUUUUAGUAUUACAUUCGUUUGAAGACAUUAUAAAAUAUCUAUUCGUUAGCUUGGUACCUUAUAAAGUCCGUAAUUUAAACAUGUUUGAUAUAAUUGCUAACCUACCUAUUUUGUAAAAAUAUUCUGAGGCUCCAAAGUGGCUAUUCUAAAACUGAAAUAAAAUAGAUUUAGAAUAAAUUUGUUAAGUUUCAGAGUUUUGUUAUUUGUUACCACAUUUACCUUUAGAAAAAUUGUCAAUACUAAAUACGGUAUUAUAAAGUGUGAUUUUUUUAUAUUUAUAUAUUAUUAACUUAAGAAAUAUAUUUUAUCUUUCGUAUUAUAUCAAUACUUUGUAACAGACAACAUGCUUGAUUAUCGCAAACAGCGCUGAACAAAUUUUAAUAGCGCUUUAUGUCGAAAAUUCCGAUUUUAAAUAAAUAUCAAUAUCAACAUAUUGGUAUUCACAGAUAUAAUAAAUCAAAAACCAUUAGAGGUGUAAAAAAAAUAUUUUGUUAAAUUAAAAAAUGGAUAUAAGUAAAAAUUAUCCAAAAAGUCGUAUAUGUAUAUAAUCCACGAGUUUUUCUUUUAUCACGGUUACAUAGAUACAACUGCUUAAUUUCACACGACAGAAAAAGUCGUCAACGCAAUUUUUUAUUAUUGUCGAAGCAAAUACUGUUCAUAAACUUCAAAAUUGCGUAAAGUAAAUAAUAAAAAUUCCCAUAUGAUGCGGACUUUAACGGACGAUAACACUGUAUAUAUUAUCAUUAUCUUCUUUACCAUUGUCAAUAUAUACAGUACUUAUUAUUUUGUAUUAGGCAUAGCCGUGCUUUCACAGCCAACAUGUGGCAACUACGAUAUCCCCGCUAUCGUUAUGCUCUCUGGCUUCGUGACUAACAUUCGGUUCGGCAUAAGAAAAAAUCGACUCAAUAUUAGUCUUAGAUUAUGUCACGACAUUACAAAUCACCAUAGAGGGAUAAUUUGUCCAACACAUAGGAAAAUAAAUAAAAGUUAUAAGAAAAUUUGCGACCAGUUUUAGAACAAUGCAAUAUUAUUAUUAUCAUCAUUAUCAUCAUCAUCAUCGGUAUCGGCUAUAUACUUUCCCCAUAAUGCGCUCUAUUCUUUACCAUUUCAAUUUUUUUUAACUUCAAUCAAGAUAUGAAUAUGAAGAUUCCACCUCUUACUUAUUUCUUCUGAAUCUAUCUGUAUUGAAGCUCUAAGGCUUAUUGUACCCCUCACAUAUUCUACCCCAUCAGGUUAAUAUUCUUGAUGAAUUCAAGAAUAUGUCUGAUGGGUGCUUUCCCGAUUUCUUCGGAUUCCUGAUAUUGUACUUCGAAAUGCUAUUCCCGUUCCCAUUCAAGGUUCUGUCAAAGGCAUAGUAUGUAAAAAGGAGUUUCAGAGUCGUAAAAUAUCCCUAAGAGAUUUCGGUGCUUCUAAGCUUGCAGUAAGGCUUAGAAGUUGAUUUUGUCUGCUCUUGGAUGGACCCUCUAUGAAUAUUCUGAAAGGCCUGAGUCCAGGAAGUUCCACCCAUAUCUUAUGGUGUUCUCUUAUUACGUGUUUCAUUAGCAUUCCUUUAUAAUGUUGAUAUGAAAUAUCAUAGUGGGUUCUGGUCCAAUUUGGGUUUUAUCAGCUCCCUUCCUAGCUAGGAGGUAUGCUUUCUCGUUUCCCAAAACUCCCUUAUGCACCUAUUCAAGUCUAACCUUAUUAUGUUCUGCCAGGGCCUUAAGCCAGUGACGUUGGCAGUUCAAUACUAAUUUGGAUUGUACUUAUACCCUUUUCACUGAUUUAAGGGUUGUCUGCUUGUCUGUCCUAAUAAAGGUGAAGAAGAGCGAAAUAAUAAGUACUUCAGUGUGUAAAGAAUUUAAUGUUUUAAUAAUAUUCGGCUGAGAGCUCUCGGCUUAUAAAUCCAUGUUCAAAACCUUCCGAAACAGUGUUAUAUGUUAACAAGCUUUCAUAUUAUAAAUCCAUGAUCAAAACCUUCCUCAAAUGUGUUAUAUGUUAACAGUGAAUUAAAAGAAAAUGUAAUUACAAAACUUACAUCUACUAGAUCUUUAUCUUUAUCGGUUGUAAGCAGGUAAGGUUAGGUUUGGCCCAGAACACUGCGGCCUCUUGGGUCUAUUGUAUUCCCCCGCUUUCCCCGUAUUCAGGUACUAUCUUUCGAAUAGUCCUGUGUCAUUGGUUAGUUUUAAUAGAUUUUCUACCAGGUGUUCCUGGGGCGUCCUUUCCGGUUCUAGGCCGAAAAGGAUGAAACGUCGCCUAUUAAGAGCUUCGCAUUCGAAGAUCACAUGGUAUGAGGUUUCUUCCUCUUCCAUUCAGAGUCUACACGUAGUGGGAUCAUUGUGUAAUCCCAUCACAUGAAGGUGUUUCAGCAAACAGUGCCCCGUUAGUAAUCCCACAAUGGUGGAUAUCUGAGGCCUUGUGAGUUGUAGUGCCUCAGUAGCCAUGCGUGGGUUUGGUCCCCUUAGCAUGAGCUUACUGAUUCUAUGCCCUCUUAUUUGUUGCCAGUGAAUUUGGUGUUUUGUGAUUAUCCACCUGUUCACUGCCUGUCGAGGAGAGGUUUUGCUUAUCCCAAAUACAGGUUCGGGUCCUGCGAAUGGUAAAUCUGAUCUCUCUUUGGCGAGUUCAUCAGCCUUUUCAAUUCCUUGGAUACCUUUGUGCCCUGGUACCCACGCUAGUUUAACCUUGUUGUGGGUUGCCAGAUCAUUUAGUAUUCCAAUGCAGUUCCAGACAAGCUUUAACUUGAUUCUGUUUGAAUCAAGAGCCUUUAAGGCUACUUGGCUAUCUGAGAGAAUUAGGAUGGUUUGUUAUCUACUAGAUACCACCACAGGAUAUCUUAGACCGAAUAAAAACAUUUGGAAAUUAAAAUUAUUGAAAAUACAUGACAAAAGGGUCCAAACCUUAGUUGUCUGUUGAGUUAGUGAAAUACCAAUAUUGUAUAAUAAAAUGAUUAUUGGAAAAUAUAGAUCGCUGCCUGCGAGGCAUGACAGAUGACAAGCGUUCAUUGUAUAUGGUACAGAGUGCAUUUAGAAAAUUCGCACGGCGCGUCUGAGGUUUCUAAACGCACUCCAGAUAAGACAUAUUAAAUUGACGUUGACAAAUAAAAGAGGAACGUUGGUGAAUGGUUCUGAAAUCAACCGAACUGGAACGUACAGAUUCACCAAAAUAAAUAAAAUAGUAAGAGGAUAUGAUCCAAACAAAGGUCCGAAGAAAACGAAGCAUACUUGAUUUCAGAUACUAUUGUACAACUCAAUUUGUGUAGUAGAAUGGAGAGCUCUGAUUCUACGAGCCUUGGAGUUCUAUAUUCGUGACUAGACCAUGGCCACCCAUAUAUGGCAUCUAGUCGAAGAAUGAAUGGUAAAUUAGAAAGAAAGAACAGAAGAAGUUUUUUGGAAAAGUGAAAGGAACUAGUAAAGACAAAUUAGAUUCAUAAUAGGCAGCAACAAAGUUGAACAAAGCACCUAUGUUCGCAUUUUACGACACAACUGUUUGCUGGGGAGCUUAUUCUGCAACCACGCACCCACGGUGGUUAUGAUGAUAAGUAUGGUCCCGUUUGGUGAACUACAAAAAAAUAAUUUUAAUUUCCAAAUGUUCUUAUUCAAUCUAAAAUUUUCUGUGCUGAUAUCUAGUAGGCAUAGGUUUUGUAAUUAUAUUCUAUUUUAAUGUAAAGUGACCAUAUUUUGAAAAGUAGAAAGCGGGACAAAUCGAAAACAGUCGACGGUCGUUAAAGACUAAAACACAAAAUCGGGACAAAAUCAUUUUUAAUCAGACAAAAGCGGGACAAAAUUGUUUUUAAUCGCCCAAAAGCACGGCGACAUUUUUUUUAGUCUGACAAAAGCGGGACGAAAUCGGAUUAUAUAUAUAUUAUAUUUAAAAUCGGGACGGAUGGUCGCUUUAUUUUAAUAAACUGUUAAUGUAUUACACCUUUUAGGAAGACUUUGAUAGCUUUAUAAGCCGAACGCGCUCAGCCGAAUAUUAAAUAAAAAUUUAAAUUUUUUUACACACUGAAGUACUUAUUCGACUCUUAACCUCAUAUUUAGUGUGUGUAGGUACACCAUUCCCUGCUUUCCUAUAUAUCAUAUGUCUUAUAGAGCCAUUUAACAUAACCUGGGCAGAGGCAUUUAUUGCUGCUACUUCAGCCAGGAAGACUGUUGCCAGUGACCUUAGGUUUAAAAUUAUGGUCCUCCCUGAAAUGGCAUGGUAAAUCUUUUGCUGUUUUUCAUUUUAGAACCGUCUGUAUACCAGAUUGAUUCAUUUUGGAUUUCCCUUCAUUAUACAACUCUACUGACUAUUUAGUGGGGUGUCUUCUUCUCUGGCCAACAGCACCAUAUCAUCUGCAUGCAUUAAACAUGUUCUGAACCAUUUAAUUGUUUUUAGAACAAUUAUCUCUAGUAAUUGAUGGUAUUAUUAUAUAAUAAGUGUCAAGUUGAUUAAAGUUAUCUUAAAUCUAGUACCUGUACUUUCAUGAUUUAAUUAUUAAUUAAGCGAUUUAAAUUAUGGGAGAUUUUUUUUUAAAGUUUUGGGUUUGAAAUUAAAUAAUUGUAUCUAUUUAAACAUGUUAUUGUUGUAAGCGAUAAAUGAAUAAAAAUACCAGUACUUGUAAAAAAAUACAAUUAGUUUUAUUAAAUUUUAAUAUAAAUACAAGCAAUUCGUAGUAAUAUAGAUUUUAAUUUACCCUUGGACUUGUUAAAAAAAAAUUAGGCUGCUAUGUACUUUUUUUACUCUUCCAAUACUGUAAAAAGGCUACUUAAAAAUAAAAGUGCCUAUUUUUUUUAGCUCAAAUAUAGUUGCAUUUUGUUAUUACUGUUAGAUAAAAAAAGCCAAAUAUUGUAUUUAAUAAAAAAAUUGAUGUGAUGUGAUUGGGGAGAUAUUAUGACCGCUGUUAUUCUGUUUUAGACUUUUAAAUAUUGUUUGAGAUUAUGUUGUUUUAAAUAAAUACCUGAAAUUAA